UAUAAGUUCAAUAUUCCGUGCCCCUUAUCCUCUAACCUUUUCAACUAUGGAGAAUCUUCUUCAUCGUCUAUCUUUUUUCCUAUUGAUUCUUCUUCUUCCUCCUUCUCUCCUGCAGGCUUCAUCAUCUUCUUCAUCUCCCUCUCAUCACAAACAGGUAUACAUAGUCUACUUCGGGGAGCAUAGUGGAGUGAGAACGUUCCAAGAAAUUGAAGCAAGCCAUCAUUCAUAUCUACUGUCUGUGAAGGAAACUGAGGAAGAUGCAAGAACUUCUCUUGUUUACAGUUACAAGAACAGCAUCAAUGGCUUUGCUGCAUUUCUCACUCCGCAUGAAGCUGACAGACUUUCGGAGAUGGAGGAAGUGGUGUCGGUGAUCCGGAGUGAUCCAAGAAAGUACUCAAUGCACACGACGAGAUCAUGGGAAUUUGCUGGUUUGCGAGAAACAACAACAGGGAAGAACUUGGAGAAGGAAGAUUUACUGAUAAAAUCCAGAUAUGGAAAAGAUGUUAUUGUGGGCAUGUUAGACAAUGGUGUGUGGCCGGAAUCAAGAAGCUUCAAUGACGAAAGGAUGGGUCCAAUACCACAUUCUUGGAAAGGAGUUUGCCAAUUUGGUGAUUCCUUCAACUCAUCACACUGUAAUAGGAAGAUUAUCGGCGCCCGAUAUUACAUCAAGGGCUAUGAAGCAUACUACGGGCCGCUGAACAGAACACUAGAUUAUCUCUCCCCUCGAGACAUGGACGGUCACGGGACCCACACAUCUUCCACGGUGGGUGGCCGGAGGGUUAACAGUGUCUCCGCCCUUGGAGGGUUCGCCUCAGGUACUGCCUCAGGCGGCGCCCCACUGGCUCGCCUGGCAAUUUACAAAGUCUGCUGGGCUAUUCCAGGCCAAGGCAAAGAAGGCGGCAACACCUGCUUCGAAGAAGACAUGCUCGCCGCUAUUGAUGACGCCAUUGCCGACGGGGUUGACGUUUUGAGCAUUUCAAUCGGAACCAGGGUGCCCGUAGGUUACGAUGAGGAUGGCAUAGCAAUCGGGGCGCUUCACGCCAUCAAGAAAAACAUCGUGGUGGCCUGCAGCGCUGGAAAUUCAGGGCCUGCCCCGUCUACCUUGUCUAAUCCUGCUCCCUGGAUUAUUACGAUUGGUGCAAGCAGCGUGGAUAGGAAAUUUUCAGCACCGGUUGUUCUUGGAAAUGGCGUCAAGAUUAUGGGCCAAACUGUAACUCCAUAUAAACUGGAAAAGAAGCUUUAUCCAUUAGUUUAUGCAGCUCAAGUAACCAACUCUGAUGUGCCCAAUAACAUAUCCGGGCAAUGCUUACCUGGAUCUCUUUCUCCUGAGAAGGCCAAGGGAAAGAUCGUGCUGUGUUUGAGAGGAAACGGAACGAGAGUUGGAAAAGGUAUGGAGGUAAAAAGGGCUGGAGGGAUCGGUUUCAUCUUGGGCAAUAGUAAAGCAAAUGGGGACGAGUUAGCAGCUGAUGCCCAUCUUCUUCCCGCCACUGCUGUUAAUUACGGAGAUGCUCUCAAGAUUCUUAACUACAUCGAAUCUGCGAAAGCCCCAAAGGCGCAUAUUGAACGUGCUAAGACGGUGUUAGGUGCCCAACCAGCACCAUUCAUGGCUGCUUUCUCCAGCAGAGGUCCCAACACGAUUUCACCUGAUAUUCUAAAGCCGGAUAUCACGGCUCCAGGGCUAAAUAUAUUGGCAGCAUGGAGCGAAGCAUCUUCUCCAACAAAGAUGGCAGAAGAUCAUCGAGUUGUGAAGUAUAAUAUUUUGUCCGGCACGUCCAUGUCUUGCCCGCAUGUGGCCGCGGCAUCUGCUCUUCUCAAGGCCAUACACCCCAGUUGGAGUAGUGCUGCCAUAAGAUCUGCUCUAAUCACCUCUGCCGGGCUGAAUAACAAUGAGCAUAACCUCAUCACUGAUGCAUCCGGCAAUUCAGCAGACCCUUUUCAAUUUGGUUCCGGUCAUUUCAGACCCACAAAGGCUGCUGAUCCAGGUCUUGUAUACGACGCCUCCUACAAAGACUAUCUUCUCUUCCUAUGCAGCAGUGGAUCCAAAAGUCUUGAUUCUUCCUUCAAGUGCCCGAAAAAUUCACCGUCUCCAGUUAAUCUCAAUUAUCCAUCCCUUGCAAUACCCAAACUCAAUGGCAGCGUUUCUGCUAUUAGGACAGUAACGAACGUGGGCGGCAGCAAUAGUGUUUAUUUCGUCAGUGUAAAACCUCCACCAGGAAUCUCCGUCAAAGUAUCACCUCCCAUUCUCUUCUUCAACCGUGCUGGGCAGAAGAAAAGCUUCACCAUAACCGUAAAGUUAGAUAACGGUAUUACAGCUGACAGCAUUGAGAAGGACAAGUAUGCAUUUGGAUGGUAUACAUGGUCCGACGGAAUUCACAAUGUCCGAAGUCCCAUGGCAGUUUCAGUAGCCUAGUUUUCUGUUUCAAAGUUUUUCAGGCGGAUAUCUGAGAAGCAUUGACUGUAUAGGUUUUACUUACACCGCAACUCCAAUAAAAUUUAAAGAUAAAACUAUGGUGACAGUAUUGAGUCCA